CCUGAACGAAAUUGACCUUCAUAAUUAUAAACAAUGCUUUUUAGUUUGAUCUCCAUGUUUGCUAUUGUUUUUUAUGUUGAAGCAGAAGUUUACCUAACUGUCAAAAAUGAAGAGAAAGUGGCUUGCUCUGAGAAUGCCAGACUGAGUGUGAUGCUUAUUUGUGAAGGAGUGGAUCUUAUAUCAUUACGAUGGAGUUACAUUGGCUCAAACUCUUCCAAAAGUGUAGAACUACAGGUGUUCCUUGCAGAUCAUUCUAAUAAUAUUACGGUUAGCAGCAAUCCUGCUUUCUUAUCUGUUCAAUUGGUCACUGUUUCUGACAUGGAAACUCCUGCAAAUUUUACAUCCAUGCUUACUGUUGAUUUGCAAGAGCUAGAAAAUCAAGACAUUACUAGCAUAACAUGUGGUGAUGUGGCUACUUAUGAGGAAAAGUUGGUAUCUGAUAUAAUAUUGGAUCUUGUCAAUACAAAGAUCACUGCCAAUUACCAUGUUGGGGUUCUGACUAGCAUAGAAGUACAACUGAGGAAUUUGUUGAUGUGCUCCUCGAUUCUAAUGUACACCAUGACGAUUAAUGGAUCUGACGAAGCCAAGCAUGUAAGAAAUUGUGUGGGUCCAUUUUGUGAAGCUAGAUUCUCCUCUAUAAGAACCUCAGCUAUAUUAGGAGACUACACUGAACUAACUUUGCUUGCUAUUAUUCCGAGGAAACACGUACUGGUGUACAGAUUUCCAGUAGGCCACAGAAGCAAAUUAUACUUUUCUAACAAAGUAAAUUCAACUGACUGUCUCCACUUGGCUGGUUGCACAGUUGUUCAAGAAGGCUCUAUAUGUUCUAUACGACACACAGUUAUCAGUGCUCAGCCUAUUAAUGGCAUGACCAUGUUGAAUAUUCCGUAUUCAAUUCCUGGUACAGUCCACAACUUUGAUUUUUCAAUGGAGGCAGACAAAAACUUACGUGUCAAAGAAAAUGUAUCUGUAACAGAUCGAAUGAUCCCUUUUGCACUAAGGUCAACUGCCAUUCUUAGCACAACUUCACUGUACCUUCUCUUGACGGUCAUUCAUUUCUUAUUACUCUUUAUAGGAGCUUUUUGCAAGGUGAAAGCAUUUGUCUGUAGAAAGAAAUCUCUCAUUGUUUCCUUGGUGAUCCUACUCGUGCUGCUAUUCAUUUGCAUUUGUUCAAUAUUUGUCUAUGGAAUCAUUUCGUAUGGUACACAAUGCAGUAAGGUUAAGAUGACACUUCGCGACAGUAUGCUUGAUACAAUGUUGGUCAUUUCAUGUUUGGGAAUAACAAUUUUGAUUACUAUUUGGAGCUUUAUCGGAUACGGAGUGUACAAACAUCGUAAAUUCACAUUGCGAUUUAAAAACAAAAAUACUAGCAUAGUUACGACACCUAGCAGAAAAAGUUCACCCUCCACACUUCCCAAACAAGGUCAGCAUUCCAACAGUGUUUUGUACGAUGAGGUUGGUCUAGCAAAAGUCAAAGUCAAUGUCUUGGAUAUGACAGAAGUUGAGUUGAAAGCUAACGAGUCUUACGGGCACACAGACAGUAAGUUUUCAACUGCCAAAAGUAAUACGACUGCUUGCCCGACAUAUGCUACUCCAGAAUGUAACAGCCAAAAAGAUUUAUCAUUGAGUCACCAGUACAGCGAAAUCAAAGUGAAACCGAAAGCAAAGAGAAUGAGUGAGCAUCCUGAGCUAAUAAAUAUUGAGCAGAAGCAGAUAUUGCUGAAGUCUAACCAGUCGUAUAGUCAGCUAACAGGUGUUGUGGGUCAGAUAGGGGGAUGUGAACUACAACACGAGUAUGACUACGUGGAUCCUGUCAGUAGAUCAUUACAAGACAAUUCCCAAUAACUGUAUGCAGGUACUAACAUUGUAAUGUGUUCUUCAGUAUUGCAACUUUAUACAUGCAUUGCUUUCUAGUUUCAUUUUUAUCAAUAUACAAAGCAAUGACUAUAAUAACUAGUGUUCAAGCUGGCGCUGUGCUAAUGCCUCUCGCCAUGUUUUUGCUUUCGCUCAAAAGUAUUAGAGUGUUAUAGAAAGGUUAAUAAUUUGCAAUAAUUAUGAUUUUCAAAUAGGUGUUAGCAAUUGAAUGAACAUUAAACACAGUAAAGCAAAUUGUGUAGAAAAGAUUGGUUUGUGGCUUACCUGGACCUCAAAAGAAGAAAAUUGCUGAUUCUGCAAAAUGGAUUCUCUUACACGUGGUAUUGAGCGCGCAUGCGCAUUAGAUCUAUAUCCAGGAAUAGGGGUGUGUCUGCCAAUAAUGGCUACUAAAAUAGCUAGCUUCUUUAGCAGCUCUUUCUAACUCUUGUAGCCAACAAAAAGCUAGCGCUUAAGUGCAAGGCUAACUCAUAAGUUGAAUAGAAAGUUUGUGGGAACAGAUGAUGCUAUGAAAGAUUCUGAAGAAACUGCAACAGCCUUCAAUGUGAGUCAAACUAGCCAUAACUCGAGAAAGAAGCUUUAGUUUGCUAAUCCACGAAUCAAAAUCCAAGAGAACGUGGCUAGAAGCCUAUAGAAGCUGUUAGUUUUCGUUGCAUUGUAACCGUUGAGCAGUUAUAGCUGGAAUACACACACACACAGACAGACAGACACACACACAGUCAGCUUUACCGUAUCCCUUGUGCGGCUACGCCUCGAGG